AUGGGAUAUACUGAUGAAGACCUCGAGGAGCUGUGGAGGAAAGCAGAGCUUGCAGAUAUCAUCGAUUCAUAUGAAUAUAUCAAUCUCAUUCGCAAUGCCUCUCUUGCCGACCGAUUCAGCACGUCCACGCUCUCACCAGAAGCUCUUGACAGACUUAAGAACCCUCGUCGAGGACCUCCACCUCUCGCCGAUGCAGAUCUCGAGCUUUCUAUGAAGAUGUUCUUCACCAAUAUAACUGAGGACGCUUAUGCUCAGAUCGCUCAAGCUAUCCGACAGCGUGAGCCCAACGUGAAGGUCUAUACUCACCACCAAGUCAAGAAACACAUCGAGAACCUCAGCGGAGUCGAGCCCAUCUGGUCCGACAUGUGUAUCAACUCAUGCGUCGGCUACACCGGGAAAAACUUCGACUUAGAAAAAUGUCCGCGAUGUUUCGAGCCACGCUACGAUCCCGUACAAUCACGCAUAGCAAAAAAGAAGGUACCGCAGCAGCGGUUUGUUACGUUGCUGCUCGGCUUGCAGCUUCAGUCGUUCUUCGCCACACUGGAGCACGCCGAGCUCAUGCAAUAUCGCGUCCUCAAAACCGAACAAAACCUCCACCGCGUCGACGUCGAGGGCCGUCCUAUAGAAGUGUUUGAAGAUGUAUUCAAUGGUAAGCAGUAUCUCGAUGCUGUUCGUCGAGGCGACAUAAAACCUGGAGACCCCGUUCUCAUGUUCUCAAUUGAUGGCGCACAACUCUAUGCAUCGAAGCAAUCCGAUGUUUGGAUCUACAUAUGGGUGAUUUUUGACGUCCCCCCUUCUCACAGGUACAAGAAAGCUUAUGUUCUACCUGGCGCUGUUAUCCCUGGACCUCGCAAACCGAAGCAUCUCGAGUCGUUCCUAUUCCCUGGAUUCCACCAUCUCUCUGCCAUACAACGAGACGGACUUGGUCUCUGGGAUCCUCGCCUCGACACCACGUAUAUUUCCCAUCCUUACCUUCAUAUUGGCACAGCCGACGGCCCCGGGAUGGCUUUCUUAUGUGGUCUCUCAGGUCACCAUGGCCGAAUGGCUUGUCGUCUUCUGUGUGGUACUCCCGGGCGACAUCCUGACGGCUCUGGUCAUUAUUAUCCCAUGUUACAGCAGCCGACCUUCCCUCCCGGUCUCAUUGUUCCCAACUCUAUGCAUGAAGACCUCGAUGUCAGAACUCUACCCAAGGCUGGCGAUGGAGACUACAAUACCAUCAUUGAACGCAUCACAGAAUGUCGAACGAAUGCUCAGUACGAGUCUGUACGUCGAGAUACAGGCAUUACAAGGCCAUGCAUUUUCUUAGGCCUUCCUCGCGAUCACCUUCUCCCUGUCCCCCAUUGCUUCGGAUCCGACUGCAUGCAUCUGUGGACGUUCAACGUAGGUGAUGAGUUAAUCCCCCUGUGGCACGGCGAAUUUUCUGUCAAGGCGCCAGACUCACGAAACGGCUGGACCUGGGGCGCUCUCAUGGACAAGGAUGAAUGGGCCAAGCAUGGCCAGCUCGUAGCUAAUGCGACACCCUUCCUCCCUGGCUCCUUCGACCGCCCACCUCGCAACCCUGCUGAGAAGAUUCACAGCGGGUACAAAGCAUGGGAGUAUUAUCUCUACUUGUAUGGAAUCUGCACUUCGAUUCUAUUCGGCGUACUCGAGGAUCGAUUCUACAAGAAUUUUGUUGAGCUCGUCGGAGCGGUUCGUAUUCUAGGUCAGUUCCGUAUCACACUGCAACAGCUUGACGAAGCCCAAGAAAAGAUCUACAACUUCGUCGAGGGCUUCGAGCGCGAGUAUGUCGACAGGCUCCCAGAGCGAAUCCACUUCGUUCGGCCAUGGAUACAUGUGCUCACACACCACGUCGAAGAGACCAAAAACAAAGGGCCGCCGAUAUGUUCAUCUCAGUGGACAAUGGAACGAAUGAUCGGGAGUCUCGGGCAGGAAUUACGAUCACACCAGAGUCCGUAUGCUAACCUCGCCCAACGUGCAGUCCUUCGCAGUCAAAUGAACGCUCUCUCGAAGAUGUAUACCUUUCUCGGCGUGGAAGAUCCGGUCAACAAACUACCUAUGGGUUCUCUGGACCUCGGUAACGGCUACGUUCUUUUGCCCAAGCGAGAAAAAUCCCCCAAGAACGUCUCCACUGCAGCUGGAAUUGCUAUACAUCUUGCAAUGGAGGAACGCGGCAUAGAAUCAGUACGAAGACCUAGGAUACUAAAAUGGGCUAGACUGCGCUUACCAAACGGCCAAGUGGCUCGGUCGGUCUUCAAGGAGGCAACCAUGAAUGUAGCCCGUGGUAUUCGUAUGGCUCGCAACAUAAAGAUCACCCUUGAAAACGAGACAAGAUUCGCUGAGGUUCAAUACUACUUUCAAGCAGAUGAAGACCAAACAUUCGCUCUCGUGUCCUUGUACAGCCAGCACGAUGAACAUCUCUACCGCGAAUCGCUUGGGACAUCAAUCGCAUGUGAAUAUCACGGAGAACGCGAACUGAGGGUGAUACCGGUCGAAGACAUUAAGUCUGUCGUUGCGCUGGUAUUGCAUAAGUUCCCUCACAAAGAGACACCUUCUUUUUAUUUGAUCGAAAAACCUGGGCUCGAGAUAGCCGUUUUGACAGGCGUAGGACACGAUGAGCUGGCAGAAAUAGACGACGACGCAACAUAG